AUGAGCUCUUCAGUCUCCGGCGUGAGAGCGGCACACGAGAGGAUUCCCAGAGACCUCAACCCUCCAUCAGUUACUGACUGUGGUUACCUGCAGAGAGGCACCAACCUCAGAGGGGGGGUCUGCUCAGAGAGACUCAUAUACAUAGAUCUGCAGAGAGGCACCAACCUCAGAGGGGGGGUCUGCUCAGAGAGACUCAUAUACACAGAUCUGCAGAGACAGUGUUCAGAUAUAUUCAGCAGAGUUUGUUGGAGUUCAUCCCGGACCCUUCUGGUUCUGGUCUUGCUGGUUCUGGUCUUGCUGGUUCAGGUCUUGCUGAUUCUGGUUCUGGUCUUGCUGGUUCUGGUUCUGGUCUUGCUGGUUCAGGUCUUGCUGGUUCUGGUUCUGGUCUUGCUGGUUCUGGUCUUGCUGGUUCUGGUUCUGGUCUUGCUGGUUCAGGUCUUGCUGGUUCUGGUUCAGGUCUUGCUGGUUCUGGUUCUGGUCUUGCUGGUUCAGGUCUUGCUGGUUCUGGUUCUGGUUAUUUGGUGUCCUGGAGCCCCGAUGGUACGGGUCCUGGUCCUGGUUCUGGUCCUCGCGGCGGCGGCUCAGGCUCUCAGCGGAGACGGAGACGGAGACGGAGACUCAGGGGUGGUGUGCUCCUCCCACCUCCUGCUGUCCGGCUGCAGUCUGAGCUGUCAGCUGGGGGGGGGGGGGAGGUGAGGAUGAUGAA